AUGGCGCCACCUACUCUUAACCCUUAUGCGACUCUGGGCAUCUCUGCAACGGCAAGCCACGUGGAGAUAAAGCAAGCAUACAGGAGACUUGCUUUACUACAUCAUCCGGACAAGAACCCACGACCGGAUGCGACAGAGCAAUUUCAACGCAUAUCAGCAGCAUGGGAACUUCUUUCGGACCCGACAAAGCGGAACGCGUACGAC